GGCUCUCAGCGGCAACCAAACAAUUCAAAAUGGCGGGAAGGCGCGUGUUUAUUUUUACGUACUUCGAGCUUGUUCACAAUGGAUGUAGAUUAUAGCUUGUAGUGCUAAAUGUCACAGAAACAGUCAUUCAGUCUUGACGCUCCAGCAAAGAAAUUCUUUGCCUGUCAGUUACCACAACAUACGUCAAAUGUCAAGGGGGCCACAGACCAAUGGAUGUACAGUGACGGCAACUGCGAAGUUUGUUUUAGUCAACUCUGGGUGCAAGGUAUAGUAGUUCUGGUCUCAGCAGAUGGUGAUGACCUCUUUCUUGAUGACGGCACAGGAAUAAUUGAAGCAAAUGGCAUAUCCAAGAUUGUGAAAGAUCUCUUCAUUCAAAAAGGGAUGUAUAUGAUGGUUGCUGGGCAACUGAGGUCAAUUGGUACUCAAGAUCAAACACAAUGUCCUUGCAUCAAAGUGCUCAAGAUUGCUGACCUCAGUAAUUACCCUCACAGUGAAGCACUCUGGAUGAUGGAAGUUAUUGAUGCUCAGUCACAGAAGAACACAUAAAAUACAAUAUUUAUCAGUUUUCCAUCCA